AUUUCGAAAUUGUCUGGUUAUAAAACUAAAUAAUAUUUAUCAUAUACUUAGUCUGUGUGUUUGUGUUUUCUAUGACUCAUACUAUAAUUUUAUUUUGAAUAGAAACAUCAACAACGAUUGUCAAAUAUGAGUGCCUAUUAGUGACAUAAAAUACAAUGUCUCAAAAAAAAAUUAAUUUUAAAUCGAAAUCUACACCUUUAAAAAGAUCUGUCUCGACAACGAGCCUCGGACUACUUUUUAAUCAACAUUUAAAUUUACGUGAUACCAAAUCAUAUACAGGGGGAAUGGAUGAUAACAAAAGUACCAGCUCCGAAGAUAACGAGGUAACAAAUGAUAAAAAAAGCGAAUUGACACCGAAACAGAAUCAGUAUUUGUUAAACGCGGAAGUCGAAACAAAAGAUAAAAGUACAAACGAAACGGUCAAGGUCAAAACUGAAAUUUUAUGUCAAGGAGGAAGAACCUAUUCGUUGAACGAUUUAGCUUACGUGUGGAAAAAAGAUUGUAGGAUUUGGUUAUGGAAAAACUGCGCCGAACUGAAAUUGAACAAAUCUAUAGGAGAUAGAAUGAAAUCGGGUUUAAAUACAUUGGAUUUCUUUAAAUACUGAAUAUUACUAUUUUGGUAGAUUGUACUUGACAAUGUCUUUAAGAUUUUGUUGAUUUUACAAUAAAUUUUUUAUUAUUAA